AACUCGUGAUUAGGGGGAAAUAACGGCAGCGGUAUGUGAACCCACGAGAAUAAAGUGGAGUGGCAAACGACUUAAACAAAUCUGAGCUGUUUUAUUUAUGAUUUAUUGGCCCAACAGUAGACUUGAAAGAAACCUGUGUGAGACUUGGCAAAAAACUGUGGAUAUAAUGGAUAAGUCUGUGCAUGAUCUGUGGAUAUGGCAGAUUAUUUCAAAACCCUGAAGCCUGCUGAAAGGAAGCGAUAUGUUGAGAAACUGACUCUGAUUGAUGGUUUUGUCCCUUGCCUGCGUUUAUUACAGCCAGCCACUGACACAUUUAGUGUGUCUAAUGACUAGGGUGUUUUCGUUAGAAUUUCAUGCACUUGGUUCAUCAAACAACCUACAAUGGUAAACUUUUGUGCUGUGUUAGGGUGUUCUAACAAAGCUGAUGGGAAAGGUGAAAAGAAGUCUUUCUACAGAAUACCAGCUGUGAUUGAGACACAAGGGGAGCAAACCAAGGAGCUUUCUGCCAGGAGACAGAGAGAGUAUUUAGCUGCUUUAUGCAGAGCGGAUCUGAAUACUUCAAAUCUACAACAGUACAGAAUAUGUUCAGACCAUUUUGUUACUGGGAAACCAGCUGAUCUCUACAAUUUUACAGAUCUAGACUGGGCUCCAACACAAAAUAUGGGCCACAACAAAAUCAAAGGUGGUACUAAAGCGGUAGCUCGAAAUGCUAGGCUUACAGAGCGCAGAAAGAAACGCAAAUUUAUUGAAGAAUCUUCCCAAAUGAUCACAGAGUCACUCGAACAAGAUUCAUGUCAAGCGUCCUUGCCCGUCUGUUCUCAUACCACUGCACCAGAUAUAGUGAUGGAUGAUAUUGAAGUUCAGAAUGAGACAGAUAAAUGCUUACAGACAGACACCAUACUUCAUUUUGACAUUGGUUGCCAGACGGACAUGACCAGAAACGACAUUGAAAGGGUUCACUCAACUCUACAAGAUCUAACCAACCAAGCUAAUGAUCUCAAAGAAAAACUUUUAAGUCUACAGACAUCUGAAGCAGCAGCGACGUUGCAGAGGGACUAUAUGGAGAAACGGUUACAAACUUCAGUGCAUUUCCAUGAUUACUUUCAGCCUCCGGCAGAGGAAACUAACAGCACUGACAUCGGUGUCGUAUCAGAGACCAAUCAAGAGAUGCAGAUAAAUUUCAUUUGUGCAGAGCACACAGAUGUUGGCUGUCCCAGUGAAGCUGGAAAGGAGGAUACAGGGAAAAGUGAUCACCCCCUGUCACCUGAUUAUGUGCCGAGCAUUUUCACCUAUGUAAAGUCAUCUGCAAAACAACAAAAUGCAAAAGCAUUGCAGAAGUCUGAAAAGCAACAAAACCUGAAGAAGAGGAAACGUGGCAGUAGGAAAAAAGUUACAUCAGCAUAUGUAAUGCUUGGCUUUCGAGAUACUAAUGUAACCACUCCUUCUGAAUGCUCCUCGGAUUCCACUGAAUCAUCUCCUGAAGUUGCAGAUCUCAAGGAAGAAGGAAGUGCAGAAGAUUCAGAUGAAAACGAAACAUUGUCUUUUGAGCUUGAAUGCAGAAUCCUGAGGAAGAAAAAUCGUAUUUUGAAGGAACAACUGAAAAAAUGCUCUCUUUGUCAGGAGUCUUUUUCAGAGAACAAUGACAAAGUAGAACAAUUUACUGGUCUUCCAACAUAUGGAAUUAUGAUGGCAACAUUCCAAUUUAUAAGGCCUUAUUUGAAUUUAAACAGAAAGUGUUCACCUUUCCAGCAGUUCCUGCUGACAUGUAUGCAUCUUCGACUGAACUUAAACUUACGGUUUUUAGCCUACUUAUUUUCCAUUUCUUUGGAAACUGCAUCCAGAGUAUUUAGUAACACAUGUGAUGUUAUGUUCUGUCGCCUCGUUCCAGCGCUGGUGAUCUGGCCAGAUAGGGAACAUUUGUGGCAAAGUCUGCCAGUUGCAUUUCAACAAUACUUUCAGAAAUGCUGCUUUAUAAUUGACUGUUUUGAAAUAUUUCAGGAAAAACCCAGUGAUGUAGAAGCACAGGCAAAAACCUGUUUGCAGAAUAAAAGCCACAACUCUUCAAAAUAUCUGAUAGGUAUUACCCCACAAGGCGCAGUUUGUUUCAUUUCUCAAGGGUGGGAUGGUCACUACAGCGACAAACACAUAACAGAACAUUGCGGAUUUCUGGAUGAACUUUUACCAGGGGAUCUGAUACUAGCAGACAGAGGGUUUGGUGGAGGUGAUGCUGUUGGAUUGCCUUCUGCAAAUUUAAACAUUUCUGCGUUUACUCGGGGAACGUCUCAAAUGAGUGCAUUGGAUGUGGAGGUCACAAGGGCACUCGCAUCAGCCAGAAUCCAUGUUGAGAGGGUUAUUGGAAUGGUUUGUCAGAAGUACACAAUACUGAGCAAUACUGUGCCCAUACCUCUUGUAAAUUCAGAAGAUAAUGGAAUAACAUCUUUGGACAAAAUAGUACAUAUCUGCUGUGCAUUGACAAACCUGUCUGACCCCAUGAUUCCUUUUGAGUGAAAAAAAUGACAAAAUUCACAUUAUUUGAAGCCCUUAUUUUAUGUAUUAAAUGUCUGAACAGCUUUUACAUAAAGUAUUUAUUUGUAUAAUAUUUAUGGCAAAGAUAAUUCUUUUCUUUGAAGUUGCCAAUUUUAGAUACAUGUGAUAUUUAUAUCAGACAAUCACAAUCAUGGGUGGAUCUACCGGGGUGGCAUAGGGUGGCAAAUGCCACCCUAAAAGAAAGCCUUGCCACCCCUGCUGCCACCCCAGUUGGCAGCGACGAAUUCAAAGAAAAAUUACGUCCAAUUUGACAUUUACGUGCGCGAAUUUCCAGUGUCCGACUGCGGCGAAUGCAGCACAAGAUAACGCCAGAGAUUGGUUGUUUUGGAAAAUUGAGAGGCGCGAAGCGAGGGAUCCAGGAGUCGCGAGGAAAGGAGACACGGGAGGAAAGAGAUAAAAGCUGAUUAACUAUCUAUCAAGAAAUGAAAUUAUAAUGAAUGAACAGUGCUAGCAUAGUUGCGAUGCUGAUUUUGAGAGGAUAAAAAUCAGGUUGGAGAACGUUAUUUAGCUAACUAUACAUGUAAUGUGAAGCGUUUUGCUGAGCAACAUGGAAAUCGCCGCAUUCAGCUGUUGUAGGCAUGACAAGUUCAUGUUAUGCUCACUGGUGAGCCUUUACAAAGCGUGAGAAAAAAAAACUAUAAAAUGUGACACUGGUGUAAAAUCAUGCUGAACUUGAAGCAGUGUUGUUAUUGUUGUUGUUUUUUAGUGUCUGUUCUUUUGCAUAUACAGUAUAAAACUGUCCAGAAACGGUAUAGACCUCAUCUGAGAAUGUGUGUUCUUUGUGAACAAUAAAAGCAUGAGAUUAAGUUUCUGUAUGAGUUUGUAAAUGGCAGCCCGUGCCCUUUUGUAGUGUGUACAUACUAUUUGUCGUCAAACUGUGAUUAAAUUCAGUACACAGUUAGGUCCAUAAAUAUUUGUACAGAGGCAACAUUUUUCUAAUUUUGGUUCUGUACAUUACCACAAUGAAUUGUGAACAAAACAAUUCAGAUGCAGUUGAAGUUCAGACUUUCAGCUUUAAUUCAGUGGGUUGAACAAAAUGAUUGCAUAAAAAUAUGAGGAACUAAAGCAUUUUUAAACACAAUCCCUUCAUUUCAGGGGCUCAAAAGUAAUUGGACAAAUUAAAUAAUUGUAAAUAAAAUGUUCUUUUCUAAUACUUGGCUGAAAACCCUUUGUUGGCAAUGACUGCCUGAAGUCUUGAACUCAUGGACAUCACCAGACGCUGGGUUUCCUCCUUUUUAAUGCUCUGCCAGGCCUUUACUGCAGCAGUGUUCAGUUGCUGUUUGUUUGUGGGCCUUUCUGUCUGAAGUUUAGUCUUUAACAAGUGAAAUGCAUGCUCAAUUGGGUUGAGAUCAGGUGACUGACUUGGCCAUUCAAGAAUAUUCCACUUCUUUGCUUCAAUAAACUCCUGGGUUGCUUUGGCUUUAUGUUUUGGGUCAUUAUCCAUCUGUAUUAUGAAAUGCCGACCAAUCAGUUUGGCUGCAUUUGAGCACACAGUAUGUCUCUGAAUACCUCAGAAUUCAUCCGGCUGCUUCUGUCCUAUGUCACAUCAUCAGUAAACACUAGUGACCCAGUGCCACUGGCAGCCAUGCAUGCCCAAGCCAUCACACUGUCUCCACCGUGUUUUACAGAUGAUGUGGUAUGCUUUGGAUCAUGAGCUGUACCACGCCUUCACCAUACUUUUUUCUUUCCAUCAUUCUGGUAGAGGUUGAUCUUGGUUUCAUCUGUCCAAAGAAUGUUCUUCCAGAACUGUGCUGGCUUUUUUAGAUGUUUUUUAGCAAAGUCCAAUCUAGCCUUUUUAUUCUUGAGGCUUAUGAGUGGCUUGCACCAUGCAGUGAACCCUCUGUAUUUACUUUCAUGCAGUCUUCUCUUUAUGGUAGAUUUGGAUAUUGAUAGGCCUACCUCCUGGAGAGUGUUGUUCACUUGGUUGGCUGUUGUGAAGGGGUUUCUCUUCACCAUGGACAUUUGACCGCAUGUUUUCUUCACAGCAAAAUCUUACAAAUGCAAGCACCGCACCUCAAAUCAACUCCAGGCCUUUUAUCUGCUUAAUUGAGUGACAUAAUGAAGGAAUUUCCCACACCUGCCCAUGAAAUAGCCUUUGAGUCAAUUGUCCAAUUACUUUUGGUCCUUUUAAAAACAGGGUGGCACAUGUUAAGGAGCUGAAACUCCUAAACCCUUCAUCCAAUUUUAAUGUGGAUACCCUCAAAUGAAAGCUGAAAGUCUGGACUUUAUGUCCAUGUCCAUUAUAUAACUACAUUGUAAAACCCGAUAAGGUCA